CUUCCGCUUCCGGGAGCCGUUACGCCGUGGACCAUGUUGCGCCCGAACAUCCUGCUCACCGGUACUCCAGGUGUUGGAAAAACUACACUGGGCAAAGAACUUGCAUCAAGAUCUGGACUGAAAUACAUUAAUGUGGGCGAUUUAGCUCGAGAAGGGCAGUUGUUUGAUGGCUAUGAUGAAGAGUAUAACUGUCCCAUUUUAGAUGAGGAUAGAGUGGUUGAUGAGUUAGAAAACCAAAUGAGAGAAGGUGGAGUUAUUGUAGAUUAUCAUGGUUGUGAUUUCUUCCCAGAGCGCUGGUUUCAUAUUGUUUUUGUGCUGAGAACAGAUAACACAGUGUUGUACAAAAGACUUGAAACAAGGGGUUAUCAUGAGAAGAAACUGAAAGAAAAUAUUCAGUGUGAAAUUUUUCAAGUUCUUUAUGAAGAAGCUUUAGCAUCCUACAAAGAAGAAAUAGUGCAUCAAUUGGCCAGCAAUAAUCCAGACGACCUGGAGAAUAAUAUCAACCAGAUAACGACAUGGAUUGAGCAGUGGGUCAAAGAUCAUAGCUCUUAAAAGUAUAAGAUUGACACUUUAUAAGAGUUCUCGCCCUUGGUAUCAAUUA